AACCAUUAAUUUAUGUGCUCCUUUUUCUGAAUUUAUUGUUUUUCCAUCUUGCAAUUGGAUUCACUUCGAUAUCUUAAACUUUUCUCCAUGUGAUCAUGUACUUGAAUCGACGAUGAUCUCUGUUAUUCAGAUGUUGUUUUGUUUGUUAAUCUGGUGCCUCAUCUGUUUUUGGUUGUAAUGUUAACAUGGUUGGCUUUUGCGUGCUUUCUGUUUGACAAAUUGCUCACAAUAGGAGAGAUUACAGGUGGAUUGUAGGUUAUACUUAGUUUGAAAAUUAUGAGCACACCUCACUCUUGGACCUAUUCUUUUUAAUGCUCUGCUUGAUAGAUUCUCUGGCAUGAAAUUUGAAGGUUAUUUAUUGUCUUGGGUUUGAGUCGUGGAAACAACCUUUAUGCGAAAAAAGCAAGGGGAAGUCUGUCCAAAUUACUUUCCCCUGAGAAAAGUCGGAAGCCUCGUAUGGUGAGGAGAGGACACCCUUUUAUUUAUUGUCUUAUCUGGGCAAUUUGGACAAGUCCUAGGCAGUUUGGUAUGUUGGUAGUCUAAUAAUAUGAUACGACUAUGCUUACUAGAUCCAUGGUGUCUAGAAAUAAUGUUUUCCCUUUGUUGGUAGGAGCAAACUGCUUUCCAAUUUCUACUCAGACUUAUGAGGGCACAUGUGUAUCCACAAAAUUGCUGUGUAAUGUAUUGACGAGGCCUCAUUUGGUUGCUCAAUGUAGAAAUUCUGACUCUGUCAAGUCCACUUGGAAAUCUUUUGGUUUGUCAAUGCAAUUAAGCCUUAUGGCCUCCAUGUCUCUCUAUUUCUAUUAUUGUUUAAAACCAUAAUACAGAUUUAUCACAUGCAGAUACAACUUCAUGCAUACCUGUAUAUGCCCUGGCAUGCAUGCGCACACCCAUGAGUGCAUGAAAACACAAAAGUUUGCUUUAACAGCCCAAAUUGAGUCCUGAAUGUCCACAAUUUUAGUGAGUCAGUGUUAUUCAGAAUUAGAACUGAACCACAUAGCUAUUGAAUUUCUUUUAUUAUAUCUUGCUAUUUAUUCAGAAUGGUAGCAGAAGAUUGUACAAGUAUGCUCUGUACGUCCCAUUUACUCAGUGUCUCUCCUAAUUAUUUAAAGAUAAGUACAAGAAAAUAUGUUAUUACAUUGUUCACAUGGACAUAAGCAGAUGCACAUAUCUGUACCCUCACGAUUGGCCCCACAAAUUGCAGUUGAGAAUCUUCUUUUUAUGUUUUUUCCCCCUUGUAUGUGGUUUUGGAGGUUGGAGACAGUUUGGAUUAUCUUAGAGCAUAUUAUCCUUUAUAAACUCUGAAUUAUUUGAGUUUCAGCUAAAAAUUGUUGUGCAUGGGAUCCUUCAGGCUUUCCAAACUUGAUAAGUCACCAGCUUAUUGUAAUUGGUCUGUAAUUAUUGAUUACUCUCUCUGGCAACAAAUUUAGCCAGCCCCCAACGUAUGGAAAAGUCCUUUUCAUUACCACUAGAUGCAAGGGCCUAUAAUUUUCCUGUCUGAAAAUGAAUUGGAACUCAGGACCAAGGUCUUGUUUCAUGUAAUGAAGUGUUGUCAACAAAAUUUAAGAACAAGUAGCAGGAGGUAUGGUUUAAUGUUUGCUGGGAACUACUUUGGAGAGUGGUUUCUGCCCCUCCUUGUCCCUGGGCGAAACUGGAUUCAUAUAACUACCAAUGACUUGCAACUGAACACCCAAUUAUGAAGUCUUUGUGUGUCAGAAGUUAGAUAUAUAUUAUGUUUCAAGUAUAUCUUAUAUCUUGAAUUCAUAUGCGAUCUGAAGAAGGCAAUUAUAGUUUUUAUGGCUCACUCAAAUCCGCUCAGCAGCAAAGGUUCAGGACACAGAAGAAUUGCAACAGUUUCCUUGUGUGUUCAAUUGCUUCUCUUACUUGCAAUCAACUAAUUGAAAUUUUUUUGUAAUGUUGUUAUUUCUUUAUAUUUUGGUCCUAAUAUCCACUUUAUUUGUCUACCAAUGGUUUACUUGAUUCAUUUACAUGCUUGUGCUGUUAUCUUUUCAUUCUUAUUUUGCCAACUGUUAAGUUGGAUUUAGCUGCUCAUGCAGUUAUCUUGAUUUGAUGUUAUCUCUUGCAGCUGAUUGGAAUUUAAGGAACUUGUGAUAAUGGGUUGAGGUGGCACGAAAAAUAAGUUGUUAACUUUCAUUAUGUGAGGCUUUUCUAGGUGGCUUCAGUACUUCUCUUUCUAGAAACAUUUGGUGCUUCAGCUACUUUACGUGGGUGUGACGAGCAUUGGAGUAAUAUACUGUGGCAAUGCAUUAUUCAAUAUUGAGGACUUUCUAUCUUCUUCUUUCUAUGGUCUGUGCCAUUGUAAUCUUGUGUUUUCAUAAUGGUGACACUUCUUCCUGGUUUGUUGGCCUCUAAGCAGCAUAAAUAAUGAUGAGUAGCUUGAGACCUCACUUGCAGUUUACCAUUAACAAUGUUAAAUCUGUUGUCCAACCAACUUUUUUUCCAAAUUACUUCAAGACCGAGCAGUCAAGCAAUGAUUAUAUAAGCUCCUUGUGCAGGCAAAACGUUUUCAAGCAAGCUUUAGAGGCAUUUGACUUCUUGCAAAAACAUACAAACUGUAUUGUAAGACCCAGCACCUAUGCCCAUCUGGUGUCUGCCUGCUCUUCUUUGAGGUCUGUAGAACAAGGAAGAAAGAUCCAUAACCAUAUGCUGACUAAGGGCUGUCAGCCAGAUAUGAUUCUUCAGAAUCAUCUUCUUAAUAUGUAUGGGAAAUGUGGGGCCUUGGAGGAUGCUCGAAGGAUUUUUGAUGAGAUGCCACAAAGAAAUGUGGUCUCCUGGACUUCUGUAAUUGCUGGAUACUCACAGCAUGGACAAGAAGUUGAGGCAAUAAGGCUAUAUUUCCAAAUGAGACAAUCGGGCAUUCCAUCAGACCAGUUUACAUUUGGAAGCAUAAUAAGAGCUUGCUCCAAUUUGAGUGCCAUUGAGCUUGGGAAGCAGUUGCAUGCCCAUGUCAUUAAAUCAAAGUUUGGCUCCCACCUUAUUGCACAAAAUGCUUUGAUUGCAAUGUAUGUGAGAUAUGGUCAAAUUGAUAGUGCAUUGGAUGUAUUUUCUCGUAUUACAGAAAAGGACCUAAUUUCAUGGAGUUCAAUAAUUGCAGGAUUUUCACAACUCGGUUAUGAAUCAGAAGCUUUGAACCAUUUCAAAAAACUACUCUCUCAAGGUGCUUACCAGCCAAAUGAAUUCGCUUUUGGCAGUGCUUUUCAUGCUUGUGGCAGUCUCCUACAACCAGAAUCUGGGAGACAGAUACACGGGAUGAGUAUAAAAUUUGGGCUAGGGGGUGACACCUAUGCUGUUAGCUCACUCAGUGAUAUGUACGCAAAAUGUGGUCUCCUGGACUCUGCGAAAACAGCAUUCUUUCAGAUAGAGAGACCUGAUAUGGUGUCUUGGAAUACAAUUAUUGCAGGGUUUGCAUAUGGUGGUGACACUGAAGAAGCACUGUUGUUUUUUUCUCGGAUGAGAUACCUGGGGUUAAACCCAGAUGAUAUCACAGUUCGCUCCCUGCUUUGUGCUUGCACAAGCCAAGUUACCUUAACUCAAGGUUUGCAGAUACACUCCUAUGUUGUUAAACUGGGUUUUGAUUUAGAUAUAACAGUGUGUAACACUUUACUUUCAAUGUAUGCUAAGUGUUCAAGCCUUCGUGUUACAUUUAAAAUGUUCAAUGAAGUAAGGACCCAUGCAGAUUUAGUUUCCUGGAAUACUAUUCUUACUGCAUGCAUGCAGUACAACCAGCCUGGGGAAGUUUUCCCAUUAUUGAAAAUGAUGCUUUUAUCUCAAAAUAACCCCGAUUAUAUUACUUUAGUUGGUGUACUGGGAGCUUGUGGUGAAAUAGCCUCUCUAGAAAUGGGGGAUCAAGUUCACUGCCUUGCCAGAAAAACUGGGCUCUGCCUCAAUAUCUCAGUUGCAAAUGGAUUAAUUGACAUGUACAUGAAGUGUGGCUCUCUAGGGAGUUCUCAGAAGCUCUUUGAUUCCAAUGGAAGCCUCGAUGUUGCCUCCUGGAGUAGUUUGAUUGUGGGUUAUGCUCAGUUUGGAUAUGGAGAGGAAGCUCUUAAACUCUUUAAGAAAAUGAUAAGUUCAGGUCUCAAGCCAAAUCAAGUUACAUUUGUUGGGGCUCUAACUGCUUGCAGUUAUGUUGGAUUGGUAGAAGAAGGUCUGCAGCUUUAUAGUGCUAUGGAAAAGGAUCAUGGAGUUUUACCUACAAGAGAGCACUGUUCUUGUGUUGUUGACUUGCUUGCUCGUGCUGGACAUUUAAAUGAAGCAGAAGCUUUUGUCAAUCAAGUACCAUUUGAUCCUGAUGUGGUAAUGUGGAAGAUACUGCUAGCUGCUUGUAAGAAGCAUAAUAAUGUUGAGGUUGGAAAACGAGCUGCUGAAAAUAUUCUCAAAAUUGAUCCCUCUAAUUCUGCUGCUCAUGUGCUACUUUGCAAUAUACAUGCUUCUGAGAACAAUUGGAAAGAUGUUGCUAAAAUCCGGACCUUGAUGAAGCAAAGGAAUGUCAAGAAAGUUCCUGGUCAAAGUUGGAUUGAAGUUAAAGACUGUAUCCAUGUUUUCUUGGCAGAAGAUAGUUUACAUCCCGAAACAAACAAGAUAUACUCAAUCCUAGAGGAACUCUGGUUGCAGAUGCUGGAUGCUGGUUAUAUUCCUUCAAAAUAUUAGCUUCAUGGUUGAACAACAGUUGGUUAAAUGAUGAUAUGAUCUUCAGGUUACACAUUCAGCCAGGUUUUCAGGAAGUUCUGGUUUCAUCAUAGAUUUUUUUUGGUCAUCCUGUUGAAAGAAGAUUGGAGGUACUCCUUGCCAAUUAUGCCGGUGGCUUUAACACUUCUCUCAUUACACCCGACUAUGGCUUUUGGCAUCACACAUGAGACUUUGGCAGAUAAAGGAAUGAGGCAAUCAACAAGGUGCUGUCAAUAAUACCAUCACCAUUUAAAUGCAGGGUCUCUGAAUAGUAAGUUAAACAAAUACCAACAGAACAUGAAAAUUGUCAUUAUAAUUUUUCUCAUUGUAAAAUCACUAACGUCGGGGUGCAUUUUGGUCACAAUGAUAAGGUUUCUCGUUUGUAAUCCGAAGGUCAUAUCUUCAAGUUGUGGAAACAGCCUCAGCCUCUUUAUAGAAAAUCAAGGAGAAUGUUAUAUACAAAUACGAUCCUCCUCCAACUCUUGAAAAGCAGUCUAGUAGUACUGAUGAUUGAUGGAUAGGUAGCUGGAGUAAAUCAGCAUCCUCUGUAAGCCUCUGUAUAUGCCAUUGGAGAGAGCCCCAGCCACCCCCUUCAGCACUUGGAGACGUUCCAAAUGACUCUCAGCAAGUUGGCCAGUAUUGCAGGUCUAGAAAAUUGGGCUAAAGAGCAAGCCACCUGACAUUCAUGUCAGGUCUGCUUCCAGUCUUGAUGAUAUAUCUUCUGGGGAAGACACUAUUUGAUUAAUGCCAAAUUCAUGUAAUGUAAAUUAGAUGAAUGAAUAAUUUAGAAACAGACAAAAAACACAUAUGUAUCAUUUUCGCCGAGGAUAUGAACAAAUAACUGCCAAGAAUAACUAAAAUCUCACGCUAAUUUUGUU